AUGGCGGAAGCGGAAGGGCAGCUCGCGGCCUGCUGGGGGAAGCAGGACGACGAGUGGAGGAAAGGCCCGUGGACAACCCAGGAGGACAAGCUGCUCCUCGACCAUGUCGCCCAGCACGGCGAAGGGAGGUGGAACUCCGUCUCCAAGCUCACAGGUCUCAAGAGAAGUGGCAAGAGUUGCAGGCUGCGGUGGGUUAACUACCUCAGACCUGAUCUAAAGAGAGGCAAGAUGACACCCCAAGAGGAGAGCACCAUAGUCCAGCUCCACUCCUUGUGGGGGAACAGGUGGUCGACGAUUGCACGCAGCCUCCCGGGGAGGACGGACAACGAGAUCAAGAACUACUGGAGGACGCACUACAAGAAGGGCAAGCCGUCCAAGAACAUCGAGCGCGCCAGGGCUCGGUUCCUGAUGCAGCGGCGUGAGAUGCAGCAGCAGCAGCAGCAGCAGCAACAGAAGCUGCUACUUGGGCAGGGCAAGGACGCCGAGCUCGCCAGCGCCACUGCCGAGGACGACGUCGACGAGAAGAUGACCGGCAACGUAGGCCCGGCAGCGACGGCGCUGGCUGACCACGGCCACGAGGAGCUGAUCAUGCAGGACGUCUUGGACUUCCUGUGCCCCAUGUCCUGCGCCCUCCUCCACAGCGCCGGGCAGAGCGGCAGCUGCGGCGCCUCCACGAGCGAGGAGUAUGGGUCGACCGAGGAUGACGGCGCCACGUGGGGAAGCCUGUGGAACCUCGAAGACGUGGCCCAUGACGGCGACGGUGGGGCAUGCGCGCUGUGGUAG